UCUUUGGAUUAUUCUGUGGAAAUCAGAUGAAUAGUUUAUUCUGUCAGAAAAUUUAAGUUUUUUUAAUGUGUAGUGGUUGAGAACAUUUUUCGAAGAAAUGUCUUCAAUUACUUCAACUGGGUUAACAAUAACCCGAGAGGAAUUGGACAAUCCCACUAAUAUAACUAUAAAUACAAAGAACAGCAAAGUUAUUUUAGAAAAUACUUCCUCUGAUGUAACCAUCUCCAAAUAUGAGGAACCAACUACCAGAGCCAAUUCACCACCAACUACAAAUACUUCAGUUCCAUUGAAAUCACCUCGAGUUCUACCACUAGUAUACUUCAAAAACUCUUCCAAAAGUUUCCCAAUGAUAAAUAAUGCCAAGAUUCCGAAAUUUCAAAUUGCCAGUCUCUCAUCAAGCCCAAACAAAAACAAAACUAUUGCUACCACAAUAGCUAGUGCUAGUGUACCAACAAAUCAGAAUGUUAUUUAUGCAACAGGGAGACCACCACCUUUAGUCUUACAAAAACCACAAGGCAAUAUGUUACCAGUGGUUCCAGUCACUAUAGCUACUACUACAAAAUUUUCAGGCGUUUUUACACUGAAAUCAACUAAUAGUAGCACUGAACCUGCAAACAUUAAUUCUGUAAAUACUAUUCAAAUCAAUGCAAGUAAUAUUCCACAACUUCAUGAGUUGCCUAUAAUCAACAACAAUACUUUUCUGCAAUCACAAAGUACUCAACAAAAGUUGAAAAAGUUUAUUAUAGCUCCUAUGCCCAAAAUAACUACAAACCAACAUCUACCUACUACUAUUACAACAAACAGCAUCACAUCCAAAUUAUCCAUAUUACCAAUGCCAGUGCCUUGUACUGAGCAAGUACUCAAUAGACACAAAUUAUACAGUAACUUCAAAAUAACUGAUGGACAGCUACAAAGCAAUUGUUCAGAUAUUACUAUGAUGUGUAAUAAUCUUUCAAAUGAAAACAGUAUGGAUGUGGACAGCAACAGCGAAAAUCUAGUUUGUGAAGAAAUAAUUGAUUUGGAUAGCCCAGAUAAGAGUGAUAUUGCUAAUAAAUCAUAUGAACUAAGCAUAAUUGAGGACUCUUUGAGCUCCCACAAUGAAGUUAGAUCAUCUGUGAUAGCACCUAGACCUGGUAAAGACUUGCCCAAGUUUCCCAAACAUGGGGUGUCGAUUUUGAAAAAGAAUUACAGUUUUACAGAUCACAAAGUUGAAAAAAUUAAUAAUCCAAUUGUUAGUAACAAUUCCAACUCAGUUUCAGAAAACAAGGAGAUUGUGAUAACCAAACCAGGUAGUAGUGAAUCAGAAAGUGUCAUUAUAACUAUCCCUGUCCCUGCAAAACCAGAAAAAGUCAGCAGGCGAAAAUCUAACUUCUCCUACCGAAAAGAAUUUGAUGAAAUGGAAGUCACAUCAACUAGCAGCCUUGGGACUGAUUCCUUACCAAAAUCCUCUUUUGAAGUGACAAAAACCAAACAAAAUCUCACUAGUGAAAUGGAAAUAGAACUAGUUGAAGAGCAGACACCCGUUUUAAAGACUGAAGACUGUGAUCUCCAAAAAGUGCUCAAAUGGGAAGAUGGUAUAGGUACUUUGAAAGGUUCCAGAUUGAAAUUCAUAAUGAAUGAGUUCAACUUGAUUGAGUACAUCACUGAUGAUGAGUACAAAACUAUGACUGAAAAACAUAUAUCAAAGGUGAGAGAAAAAAUUAAAAGUGAACUGCAGGAAGAAGUAAGAUGUUUAGAGUGUGGGUGCUUUGGGAUGAGGUCUGACUUUAUUAGCCCAAAAUUUUGCAGCUUUGACUGUCAUCAAACAAACCAGGUCAAAGUCAAGAAAGAGAAGUCUGAGAAGAUGAAGAAAAGGAAGAAAAAGGUCAAGGUGGAGCCAGAACCUGUCAAGGUAGAAAAAGAGGAAGAAAUUAGCGAGGAGGAUAGCGUGGACAAUAAUUCUCAAGACAAGCUCACCUACCCAUGGGCCUGCAAAAAGAAGGGUUUCUCCUGGUCGAAGUAUUUGGAUCAUGUGAAGGCCAAGCCAGCACCUGUGAAACUGUUCAAGGACCCUUUUCCGUACACCCGGAACGGGUUCAAGCCUGGAAUGAAACUGGAAGGGGUGGAUCCACAGCACCCUUCGUAUUUUUGUGUUCUCACAGUUGCAGAGGUGGUCGGCUACAGGAUGCGUCUGCACUUCGACGGCUAUCCGGACAACUACGACUUCUGGUGCAACGCCGACAGCAUGGACGUCUUCCCGAUGGGCUGGUGCGAGAAGUACGGGCACGUGUUGCAACCGCCCUCCGGCUACAAGGUGGACAACUUCAGUUGGUCGGCCUAUCUGAAGGCGACCAAGGGCACGGCCGCGCCCAAGCAUUUGUUCGCCAACAGGGCCGGACAGGCAAUAUGUCCGAACGGGUUCAGGGUUGGCAUGAAACUAGAGGCGGUCGAUCGAAAGAACACCGCACUGGUGUGCGUGGCCAGCGUGAGGGACAUGAUGGACAAUCGCAUCCUCGUGCACUUCGACAGCUGGGACGACAUCUACGACUACUGGGCCGACCCCACUUCCCCCUACAUCCAUCCGGUGGGGUGGUGCGACCAGUACGGCCACAAUCUCACACCUCCGAACGACUACCCCAACCCCGAAUCGUUUUCUUGGGAGUCCUACCUGAAAGAACGCAAAGCCGUCGCGGCGCCCGUGCGCGCCUUCAAGCAGCGACCGGCGUGCGGCUUCAAGCGCUCGAUGCGGCUCGAGUGCGUCGACCGGCGCGUGCCGCAGCUGAUCCGCGUCGCGACGGUGGACGACGUCAAGGAGCACCAGAUCCGGAUCAAGUUCGACGGAUGGCGGGACAGAUACAGUUACUGGGUGGACGACGACAGCGCCGACGUGCAUCCGAUGGGGUGGUGCCAGAAAACUGGACAUCCGAUUGAGCCGCCUUUGACUCCUGAAGACGUUUACGACUUUCUGGAAUGCCCUACAGUGGGUUGUCGCGGACAGGGCCAUAUACAAGGACCGAAAUUCUCCAGCCAUUCCACAUUAAAAUACUGUCCUUAUGCGGAAGAAAACAUCGAUUUGGAAAAGAUAUUGCCCGAUAGGUUGCUGAGUCCCGACAAGAGUCCGGAAGCUGUGGUACCUGUAUCCAGAGAACCAAAAGAAUGUAAAAUUAAACCUAAAUUGGGACGCCCCCCGAAACACCCUCGCCCAGAACAACCCCCCAAACCGGAACCCGUCGAAGAAGACGACGAAAUAGAAGAACAACAAGACGAGAUCAAAGAAGAAGAAGAAGACGAAGAAGAGCGAGAAGAGCCGCCCGAAAAGAAACCGAAACGCAAAUACAAGAAACGAGCGAAAUCGGUGGAGAUCCCGGAUUCCCCGGAUCGAAGGAAAGCCAUCUCUUUCAUCGACGAAUCAAAAAUCCUGCCGGUGGAAAGGGAAUCGUGGCCGAAACAUUCAGAAUUUUUACGAAAAUAUAUCAGAAGCGAAGCCGAUCCGAGGUAUUGGUCGAAUCGGGAGGUGGUGAAUUUCGUGUCUCGGUUGCCGUGUUGCGGGAAAGACGGCGACGUGUUCCGGAAAGAGAAAAUCGACGGGGAGGCGUUUCUGUCUCUGAGCCAGAAGGACAUUUUAUCCUUGUUGAGGCUGAAAGUGGGGCCGGCGGUGAAAUUGUACAAUAGUAUUGUGUUGUUGAGGCGGCACGUGGAAGGGAAGGUUUUCGCGUGACGGAUGGAUGAUCUAGUUCGAUUCGGGCUAAAGUGAUAUUUAUUUGAUUGCUUGUUUUUUUUAUUAUUAUUGUAUGUAUUGAGACUAUUUUUUAAUGUAAAUUAUUGUAUAAAACUUAUUGUAUUAAGUGAAGAUAAAAAUUUCGUUUUUCGUAUUAUC